UUUGACUUAAAUUUGGCCCAUUUACUGCAGGAUGUAAACAUGGAAGCUAUUUUGUCAUACGACAGCGACGAAAGUGAAAAUAGCGACAAAUCUGAAGAAGUCAGUAAUGCCGCAGAAGAUCUCUUCGCCCAUUUAAAGCCCAUUGAUAAGGCGUCUUCAGUGAUCAAAACAAUAGCUCUCAACGCAACUCCAGUUGUCUUUCCGACGGAUGGAACUGGAGGGUUAAAGCACAUCGACCCCAAAACAAAGGAAGUGAAAUAUAACCCAAAAUAUGAUGAGCUGUACGCACCACAGAUUGGUCCGAGCAAUCCGUUUACGACCCAGCAGGCAGCGGCCAUUCGUAACACGACAGCAGGAUACAUGGAGGAGGCACAUGUCAGUGACUUCACCUUCGAGAACCAGCGACGUACCUUCCAUAGCUAUGGUUAUGCAAUAGACCCAUCUGUUGACACACAGACAACUGAACCAAAAAUAUUGGGAGAUUCAAAAGCACUGGAAGAUAAUAAAGGUUUAACUGCGUUUGAGAAGGCAAAGAAGAGACCUGAAGAUAAACGCAAGAGACAUCUUAAUGACAACCCAUCGGACAUAGAGGGAUUCAUAGGGCCCUGGGGGAAAUUUGUGGACGAACAAACUGUGAUGAAACCAAAUGAGGAAGAAAAAGCGGAGUUGGAUGAGAUCCUAGCCAAGCGGGCUAAGACUGGGAAACAGACAGACGAUAAACCAGCUGAGGAGAAAACCACACUGCAUGUCAAGGAUGCAUACGACUACCAGGGCCGGUCCUUUCUGCACGUGCCACAGGACACGGGGGUGAAUCUCAAGUCAGAGUUCCCACCCGAGAAGUGCUUCAUACCCAAGAAGCUCAUCCACACUUGGGCGGGGCACACCAAGGGCGUGGCACAGAUACGCUGGUUCCCCAAGUCUGCCCACCUGUUGUUGUCCGCUAGCAUGGACUCGAAAAUAAAGAUCUGGGAGGUGUACAACGACAGGCGGUGCAUUCGCUCCUACAUCGGUCACAAGCAGGCAGUGAGGGACAUCACGUUCAACAACAGUGGCACAGAGUUCCUUAGCUGUGCCUAUGACCGAUACUGCAAACUCUGGGACACAGAAACAGGUGAAUGCAAGGGUCGGUUCACAAGCAAGAAGGUGGCAUACUGCGUGAAAUAUCAUCCUGAGGAAGACAAGCAGCAUUUGUUUGUAGCAGGCACAUCGGACAAGAAAAUAAUCUGUUGGGAUAUUCGGUCCGGUGAGAUUGUACAGGAAUACGACAGACAUCUGGGGGCAGUCAACACAAUCACAUUUGUCGACCAGAACAGACGAUUUGUUUCAACUUCAGACGACAAAAGUCUACGUGUCUGGGAAUGGGAUAUUCCAGUGGAUUUCAAGUACAUAGCUGAUCCCUCCAUGCACUCUAUGCCAGCUACUGUGCUCUCACCAAAUGGUAAAUGGUUGGCAUGUCAGUCCAUGGACAACAAGAUCUGCGUGUUCAACGUCCUCAACAGAUUCAAGUACAUGAGAAAAAAGACAUUCACAGGACAUAUGGUGGCUGGGUAUGCCUGUGGUAUGGACUUCUCUCCAGAAAUGACGUACCUGAUCUCGGGUGAUGCGGAUGGCAAGCUAUACAUCUGGGACUGGAAGACUACGAAGCUGUACAGCAAGUUCAAGGCCCAUGACGACGUCUGUAUCCAGGCGAUAUGGCACCCACACGAGACCUCCAAGGUCGCGACCGCCGGCUGGGAUGGGGUUAUCAAGUUCUGGGACUGAGAAACGUGGAGAUGGAUUUGAGGAGACACUAAGGUCUAAAUUCGGACAAAAAUGGUGGAUACGGACAGUUGCAUAGACAAAUUGGAAGAUCUUUGCAAGUGUUUCAAAUUGGGAUAAAAGAAGCUAACAUAGACAAUUGUAUAGGAACAUUGUA